AUGGUGUUUGCAAAACUAUACUCUUCAAUAAGCCGGUCUGAGAACUCCGGGGAUUCCCUGCUGGGCGGCGCGUCCUCUGGUUCCUCCUCGACGAAUUCGAGGGAUUAUCCUAUAGAGCUGGCCAUCUCUGUUGAGUCCCCGCCUUGUGUGAUGUACGGUACUGCCACGGAGUCCUCAGGGGCCCUGCUGAGCGGGGUUUUUACUCUGACGGUAAAGGACCCGCAUGGACGGAAAGGUAAGCAUAAUUCCGAUACGUUGGGUGAUGAGCGUCUUGCGGCGACCAACAGUGCCGAUGCUAGUGAUAAGCGAAGGAGUGGGCUUUUCAGUACAUUCUCGAAUCUGGCAAUCACCAAUUCCAACCAGGGGAAUCAAGCUGGUUUCAACGCCGCACAGUCCAAACCCAAGAUUAUGUCUGGGUAUACAAAAGUCAAGGUGAAAAGUGUCACAUUGUCCUUGGUGCAGAGAGUACAUUAUCAAAAGCCAUUUGUACCGGACACGAGUGCUAUUCAAAACUGUGCAAACUGUAAGAAUAAAAUAACCAACAUGAAAGUAUGGCAAAUCCAAACAAUGGUGCUUGAUAAAACCGUCGGGGUGCACUCGUACCCGUUCUCAUACCUGGUACCUGGAUCUGUCCCGUCUACUUGUGGGUUGGGAUUCAGUGGUGAGACUAGGGUCUCGUAUGAACUCUGCGGUGUCGUGACGUAUUACUCCCCACACUAUGGAAAGCAGAAGGAGCCAAGGGAAACUUCGCUGCGAGUUUCUAUACCUAUACCAAUAACAAGAAGUAUCACAAGGGGUCCCGAUAAGAACUCUCUCAGGGUGUUCCCGCCGACAGAAUUGACAGCUGCUGCUGUAUUGCCCAACGUGAUCUAUCCGAAAUCUACAUUCCCCUUGGAGAUGAAACUGGAUGGGAUUUCGUCCGAUGACAGAAGGUGGAGGAUGAGGAAGCUUUCCUGGAGGAUAGAGGAGACAACACGAGUCAGAAGCAACGCCUGUAAAGUUCACACUAAUAACCUGUCGCAAUUGGAGCAAGAAAUACAGAGGAAGGAAAUUGAAAGAAGUAAGAAACCUGCCCAGGCUAUCAAACGGUACGGAGAUAUUGGUCCCCAAAUUCGAGUAUCUGUGGCGUCACCUGACAACAUGCCUGUAGCGGUAAAUUUGAAUAACACGGGGGUCAGUACAGGUCGCAAUGCAACCCCUCUUGGCCGGUCUGGGGAAGCCAACAAUGCUGAACGAAGGUCGAAUGAACCUCCGCAUCAGCAACAGAGGAGAGCUACAAACAGUAAUGGGAUGAGAGAUAACGAUGACGAUGAUGAGGAUAGCAAUGAUGCAGAUACACAUUUCAUUCACCCAAGUGAUGAUGCUCUAAGGCAGGAAAUUCUAGAACAACAGCAAAGAAUCAAGGAGGAGCAACUGCGGAGAGAAAUCGCAAAGAAUAACAGUACUUUGUUCACGGAAGAGAUAAGGAUUGUUUCAAAGGGAGAGAUCAAAAACGGCUGGAAGACUGACUUUGAUAACAAUGGGAAAAUAGAGCUCGUUACGGAUAUCGAUUGCAUGGCGCUGAACUCUGGCGUGUAUAACCCGUUGCUACAUGCUUCAACGGCAAACCCACAUGUUGAACCAAAGAGAGCGCCAAUAACAAUCGCAGGAGAUAUACAGGACCCUAAUCUGGGUAUUUAUGUCUCACACGUUUUGGCUGUCGAGAUAGUGGUUGCAGAGGAAACGUUACAGUACUCGAACGGACAACCCGUUAACAAGAGCAAGAGCGAUAAAUUGAAAUCGCCGCCCAAUUCUAACAAUAUUGAACCGAACAAUGCGGAUCAAAGACUCGCUGAACUAUCCCCCAUGUUCGCCAACCGGAACACACCAAAAGUGCGAUUGGUAUCGGAGGAGGGCGACUUGAGUCCAUCUACUUCUCGUAAUAGUUUGAACGGAUCGCACGCUGCACCAGGACCCAAAAUAGUCAGCGUUCCAACCGGAGCUGCUCGUGUUCUUCGGAUGCAGUUCAGAUUGAAUGUCACGGAACGGUCCGGUCUUGGUAUAUCGUGGGACGAAGAGGUGCCUCCCAUAUAUCAGGACGUUAAGGAUAAGGCCCCACCUUGUUACGAAAACGUGAGCAAGGGCACAGUGAUCUCCCAUGUGGACUUGGGUGUUGUCGACGGGGACGAAAACGUCGAUGAAUUUGGAGAUGCACCCCAGUUGAGAAGAGUCAAGAAUAGUGACCUGCCAAUAAAGAUCACGCCUCCGCCGGUGGCCUACCAUGGAGGCAGCAGUAGUAGUACCAAUAACAACGAGAACGGUCACCUGUUGACUACUGUCCAGUCGCCACAGUUAGAACCUAUCAUCAGUCUGCAGGGGAACGUCCCCUUCCGAGGCCAGGUGCUAACCCCUGCCAACACGAGAAAUGUUGCUGUGAGAAAUGUAUCCGAGCUCUUAGACACAGACAGGAUAACUCAAUGA